UGAUCCUAAUAAGAUGGUGGUUAUGAAUGGAUGUGGUUCAGUUAUAGAAACAAUUGCAUUUGCCAUCUGUGAUGCAGGAGACGCAUUUAUGACACCAAGUCCAUACUAUGGGGGCAUAAUGCAAGACUCAAUUCUCAGAGCUAAAGUCAACAUCCAUCCAGUCCAUCUCCACUCAGAGAUAAAAGAAAAUGAAACAAAACCAUAUCAACUAACAGUUGAAAAACUUGAGAAAAGUUUAGAAGAAGCAAAAGCAAAGGGGAUAAAUAUCUGUGGACUGUUCCUCGUGAAUCCUCAUAACCCACUAGGUGAAAUAUAUUCAACCGAGUUGAUCAAAGAUUGUCUCCAGUUUUGUCAUAA